AUGUGUCACUAUUGUCGCUAUUUAGAAAAUGAAGAAAAAAAAAAAAUUACUGAACGUAAUCAUGUUCAAUAUGAUCAAUAUAUUGCACAAGGUGUAAAACGUCGUCAUAGUCGAUCCUGUGAUUUAACUACCGUAUUACGUCUUAGUGCUAUGACAAUUUUUUUUGUUAUGCUCAAUGUUACAAUUGUUCUCUCACAAUCAUCACAAGUUCAACAGCAAAAAGAUCAAUCAUCUUCGAAAAUUCUUGUAGCCAAUUCACGAGAUUUUCUUUCGAAUUAUGGCCAUGAUCAAGAUCGCCAAACGACAAGAAAUCGUCAGAAUUCUCUAUCAAGGCCUCCUCAAUCAUCAUCAUCAUCAUCAAUAAAUUCAACAUUGCCAUCGCAUCCAGUAAAAACAAAACGAUUAACACAUGAAAAGCGUCUUAUUCGGGAUUUACUUAAUAAUUAUCCAACUAUAUAUGCUCGUCCAAUACGAAAUAUUUCGGAACCAUUGAUGAUACAAUUUGGUUUAACAUUAACACAAUUAUUUGAUCUUGGUUCAACAGGUCAGAAAAUGCAAACAAACACAUGGAAAACAUUCAUUUGGCAAGAUAUGAAUUUAGCUUGGAAUAUCAGUGAUUAUGGUGGAUUACAAACUGUGUGUUUACCUGCUGAUUCUAUUUGGACACCGGAUAUUGUUCUAUAUAAUUAUGCCGAUGAACGUCUAAAAGAUUGGCGUGACAUAUCCGCCGUUAUACAACAUACAGGUGAUAUUCUAUACGUACCAACAACUAUGCAAUUUAGUAUUUGUUUUCUUGAUAUAACAAAAUUUCCCUAUGAUAUUCAUCAAUGCUCAUUAGUAUAUCGUUCAUGGACAUAUGAUCAUACAAAACUUAUCCUCACUUUUAAAGAAAACAUAUCAGCUAUGGAUAUGACGUCAUAUAUUAAUUCAAACGAAUGGAAAGUUGUUGCACUUCCAGCAGAAAAUACUAUUACGAAAGAUGGAUUUUCAUUAUUAACGUAUACAAUGAUUAUUCAACGAAAAGGAGGUCUUUAUGGAUAUAUUUUAAUAUUGCCAUGUUUACUUUUAUCAGCGGCGACAAUGGUCGUAUUUUGGAUACCACCUGAAUCACCAGCAAAGAUGAUUUUAACUGUAUCAAUAUUUUCUGGUCUCUUUCUUUUAUUACUUCUGCUCGCUGAAUCUGUUCCGGGUGGUGGUGGUACCCCUAAUAUCGGUUAUUAUUAUUGUGUCAAUAUGGUUGUCGUUUCUGUAACAGCCGUCCUUGCUACUACUGUUAUACAUAUUUAUGUUCGUGGUGAUUGUCGACAAGGAGUUCCCUUGGUCAUACGUCGUAUUUUUCUUCAAGAACUUGCUCGAUUAUAUUGCAUGGCUCCAAAAAAGUCAGCGCCACCUUCUGAUACUACUUCAUCUCGAUACGGUCCACCAUCUCCCGGUGCUAUUUUAUUACCUGAACAUAUAUUUCUCACACAUCAUUUUCAUGAAGAAGAAUUUUCGAAAAAGCUAAAAUUACUUAAACAACGUUUUAAUGAAUACCAUCGACAACAACAGCAACAUGGUGGUAUUGAAGAAAAUUCCAUAACGAAUGAAACAAUGACAGCACUUAGCUUAAAUUUACGUUCAAUUGAAAAUGAUCUUAAAGAAGUUCGAGAUUACUUGAGACAUAUGAAGAAGAAAGUUGAAAAUAGCGAACAAUCAAAUAAAGAUGCCGAUGAUUGGAAACAAGUUGCACUCGUACUGGAUCGAACAUUUUUCUUUGCUUAUUUUUUAUGGUUUAUGAUUUCAGUCUUUGUUAUAUUCCCAAAAACAAUUAAUAUUUCAAAACGGAACUGGUCUAUACCAAUGUUAGCAUCGUUAAACAAUAUUAGCCUGGCUUCACACAAUCUUACUUUUUAUUAA